AGGAGAAGGAACCCAAGCCUAACCUGCGGAUAGUUCUGUUAGGAAGCAGAAAUGUUGGGAAGACCUCGGUGGGGAACACCAUCCUGGGCUUCAAGGAACAAGAAGAUGGAAAACGAACAGCCAACCUGGUGGUUCGGUGUGGUUUUGUUCAUGAAYCUGAAGUCAGCCUUGUUGACACUCCAGGUUGGUGGAAGGGCUUCACCACGUUUGACACUCCAGAAGCAAUCAAAGAAGAAAUAACACGCAGCAUGUUUUCAUGCCCCCCUGGACCCCACAUCUUCCUGCUGGUAAUAGAUGCUGAUGCAUCCUUCAAUGRCAAAAACCUAGAAGCAGUUACAACGCAUGUGGAGCUUCUGGGAGAGGGUGUGUGGGAACACACUUUUCUAGUUUUUACCAAAGGAGACUGGCUGGGAACAAAACCCAUAGAGGAGUACAUUGAAGGCGAGGGGGAGGCCCUACAGACUCUAGCAGAACAAUGUGGAAACAGAUAUCAUGUCAUUAAUAACAAGAAUGCAAAGGAUAACACACAAGUCACUCAACUGUUGGAGAAAAUAACUGAGACUGUAGCUGGAAAUGGCUGGAGACAUUUUGUUCCAGAUCAGAAACUAUUAACUGCCAUUGAAGAGAGAAGAAAAAGAACYGAGGAGGCAGCGGUACUGAGGCAAGAACGGGUCAAAGCCAACAGGCAGUCUUCUAGAGGCUCCAGAAAAACUCUGUCUCAGAUGAAGAUUGCAAUGCUUGGGCAGAAGACGUUUGGGAAGAGUGCAUCCGGAAACACGAUCCUGAGGAAAGCAGUAUUUGCCACCUGUCAAAAUGAGCAGUGUGUCGUAGGGGAAGGGGAGGUCAGUGGUCGGCACAUCACUGUCAUCGACACCCCAGGCUGGUGGCGCGAGUCGUCCCGCUGCACACAAGAGCUGGACAUAGAAAUCGUUCAAGGUUUUUCUCUGUGUCCAUCAGGGGUGCAUGCCGUUUUAUUGGUCAUUCCUUUGGACUUGUCUUUCAGAGAGCCACAUCAAGCUGCUCUGGAGGAACACAUGAACCUUUUUGAGGCAGGUAUCUGGAAACACACCAUAGUUCUGUUCACACAUUCAGACCAACUGGCUGACCGGUCUAUAGAGGAGCACAUUGAGCGGGAGCACCCUGCUCUGCGCUGGUUAGUGGACAGAUGUGAAAACAAGUACCACACAUUAAACAACAUGACCAAGAGUGACCUGGGUCAGGUUGUAGAGCUCUUAGAAAAGAUAGAGGAAAUGGUGGCAGGAAACCAAGGCCYGCUGUUCUGUCCCGACUCAGAGGAGGUCCUUCAAAGAAUCUCUGAGAAGUUCAGUAAGAGGCAGCUGAAGAACGUGCUGAAGCAACGACUAGAGACGGAGUUCAGACGGAGGGAGCUGGAGCUCAUGAUCGGCUUCAGGGACAGCCUCAUCCAACUGCAAGCUGACCUCAGAGAGGAGACGAGCACCAAACCAAAGUCCUACAUGGGUGACAUUACCAAAAUAAAGAAGGGCAUGGGUCAGAAGAAGAAACAGCWAAAAGAGGAGGGAGGCACAGAUGCAAAAAUCAGCCAAGAAAUUGAAAAGCUGAACAAAGACAUCAUGAAAUCUACUGAACGUCUUAGCAGCAGCAUGGAUGUUUUUCUUCCUGACUUUAAAGGAGGCGUCUCCACCCCCGACCUGAUUGAAGCUCUCUCAGAUCAAAAACCAUCAAACUUUGACCAAGUUCUGGACUGGCUAUCCCACCUACAGGUCAGCACCAACAUGGACAACCAGCUGACCCUCAACUUCUCUCAGACAUCAGGCUUUGUUUAUGUCUUGCAAGGGGAGUCCCUGGCCAGAAGCUGUUGCAUAAAAACGUUUGGGAAUCCCCGGGUCAGAGGAUCAAGUUUCUGAUUUACCAAGACCCAAAGAAUGAGGGCUAAAUUACUGCGCAAACUAAAAGAUUGUGGUGCGAGUGAUCUACUGCUGCACAAACAAUAACAGGUGCAAAGCUAGUGCCUGUUGAAAUGAGGAGUUUGUUCGACUCACACUGACUGUCACCACAGAGAAAAAUGACCCUGAUGCAACAGUUUGUCCACAUGUCAAUCACUUUGAACGUUGACCUUCAACACCCUCAAUAACCUCUGAAAUAUAUAACAUUUUCUUAACUUCCAAUUGUGUGUUUAAAACAACAUAAUUCACUUUAACAUCUUUCCUACUU